AUGGAUAAUUCUUUCGCAUUACCCGAGCCUGGCGAGAUUAUCACUUACGAUUUUCGCAAAAUAGACAGUUUUCCUCAAAAUCAAGAUCCUAAAAUAAUCGAUUCAACGUCAACUUUUAAAUGUUUGCAAUGGAAUGUUGAGCGUAAUUAUUGUUUUUCGCAAAUACUUUCUACUUUAAAAGAAUUAGAUCCAGAUAUUGCUUUUAUUCAAGAAGUAGACAUUCAUUGUAAAAGAUCUGAAAAUAAAAACCAUUUUAAAGAAAUUGCUUCCAGAUUAGGUUGGAAAGGUGGAUUUGUAUGUGAAUUUAUUGAAUUAGAAAGUAAUCUUCGAAAGGAUAGAGACCAAGGUGGUGGUGUUCACGGUAAUGCUAUUUUCACGAAACAUGAGAUAACUUUUCGUGUACUUGAUCAUAAAUACCAUCCAUUGGAUUGGGAAAGGCAGGGUAUAUCCUUACGCGAACCGAGGAAAGGCAGGAGAUUUACUUUGGUUGCUGAAAUUAAAACUCCGAUCGGUCCGCCAAUUUUAUGCUACUGUGUUCACUUGGAGGUCUUUUGUGGGAUUAUUGGAAGAAUUUCUCAAUUUUCGGAGAUAUUACUGGAUUCUACAAAUCACAUUAAUUCUCAUCCUCAUCAACUAAUCUUUGGUGAUUUAAAUACAAUGGGACAUUCAAUUGCACGAUUAUCUCCUUUAUACUGUACAGAUAGAUAUCGUUUCUUGUCAUUAGGUUGGUCUGAAUCUGAAUGGUGGGAUGUCAAUCUUUUUGAUUGGCAUAUUAAUGACGGAGAUAUAAACCUUAAGUUACAAGCUGGUGGUUCCUGGAUUCUGGCUAUUUGGCUAAAAUAUUUUUCUAACAAAAAUGAUGAUACAAAUGUCAAUCAACUUAAUUCUCUGCUGAAUAAUGAUAUAAUUUCAGGUUUUAAUUUAGAUGUUUUAAAAGCUGCUCGAAAUCCUGGUUUUUAUGAUCCUUGGUCACCUACGAGAGAUAUUACAUUAGCAAAUAAAAAUUAUUUUGGUCUAUAUUCUGCAAAACUUGAUUGGACUCUAUUAUGCGGUUUUGAAGUUAUUAAUCGAUGGAUUGGUAAUGAUGAUUAUUCUGCUUCUGAUCAUAAAUAUAUGAUGGUGGAAAUUAAAUUUGAUGGUUUAGAUAAAAUUUCAAAUUCUUCACCAAAAAAUUCUUGGAAAUUGAAAAGAGAUAAUUGGAAAAAAGAAUUACACGGUACUGAGAAUGUCAAUUUAGGAAAAUGGUUGAAAAUUCUUGGAAUUGGCAUUGGUGUUUCAAUCUUUAUUUUUAAUACUUUUCGUCGUCGUUGA